UAUGGUGAAAAUGUGAUUUUCUUGUGUAGCGUAUUAUGUUUUGUAACGUCUUUAUGAAUGCAAUGAAGGAACCAGUUUGUCUUUUGAGAUCAAAUCUACUAAUUCUUGCAGUUACAUUGCAGAACAGGUAGGGGGUGCUGCAGGCUCCAAAAGAACACCUCAGGCACAAGUGGGUUGGAUUUUCUGUCAGUCAUUUCUAAUGAUGAUGUUCUUAAUGUCUCUCAUGGUUGAGGGCUUUUAAACAUGAGUCAUUUUAACACUCAACUGUAAUUUUAUGUUCUCUGACAUUAAUUUAUACAGCAGGAUCAGCUCAGAAGGGGGGGAUUUAUUAUUUUCUCUUUAUUUAUUUACUAUGACAAGCAUAAGUUUUCUUUAAAUAAACGUGUCCUCUAAAGUUGCCAGUCAGUUGACUCUUUUGUUUCAUUAGGAUUUUCAAUCCUUUCUUAUUCUUUAGUCAAUCUUUUUAAAUAGACGUUUUUUUUUGUUUUCUUUCUUACAAUAUUCUUCCUUGUUCUGAUUUUAUUACAUUAUGAUUCCAGUUUCUUUACAUUUCGUCUUAUCUUUGCUCCACUUCCCCUCAACUUCCUCUUCUUCUGCGUCCUCCAUGUUCCCUCUCGUCCAGAUGGUUGAUGGGGAGGAUUUCGAAUGUCAGCCGGGACCGUGGUCAUCGCAGGAGGAAUUCUGGCUGCAGUCAUCUUACUGACCAUCGUUGCUGUGCUGUGUUUAUGUAGAUUACAGUAUUACUGCUGCAAGCGGGAGGAGUCUGAGAAGGGGGAGGAGGAUGAGCCAGAACUCACCACCAUGUCUCCUUCCCGCCCCCUGGCUCUGUGUGCUCCUCCCACACCCCCCACUCCGGAGCACCACAGUGAUGAGCCGGAGACAUACCCCCCCACCUUUCUGACCGAGGCCAACGGGCCUGCCAGCUACUCCCCCCCACCUCCUCCACGCCGCUGCCAGCGUGCACAGGCCUUCUGCCCGUCCUGCGCUCGCUGCACGCUGCCGUUCUACCUGCAGCACCCUGAGAGGCUGUGCAACGGCGGCCACCGCAUCAGCUACAGGACUGUGCAGCAGCAGGACCUGGAGCUGCCGGCGGACCUGGCCAACUUUUACCAGAACUUGCUCCGUUCCUACACAAGAAAAGAGGUGGUGACCCACAGCAUCAGCACCGACGUGUAGCUCCGCUGACCUCACACAGUUUUGUAGGCUUUAGACUGCAGCAGUCACAUGAGCGGACUGUUGCAUAGACCAGAACCAUCAUCAUGGCUUUUCUGAGCUUGUGUCUGCUAACUUGCUAGUUAAGUAGAUAACUAUGUAUCAAUUAACUGUUAAGCCUGGGGACAGACAUGGAAUUCUAUUUAUUAUGAACUGAAAUCAAGCAGUUGGACCCAAGCGGCCUGUUUGUGGUGAAUCUGAGUCUGUUCUCGUUGAUGUAAUCCCUCUGUGUCAUAGGGCUCCAAAAAUGCAAAAAAGUAUAUUAAACAUUCAUCACAUUUGCACAGGAUGAGACACUGCUUCUUUGGCACUCAUGUCUUGAGUGGGCCUGGCUCCGUGUUCUGCUGUCACUUUCACUAAAGAGCACCGAACGGGGACGAAUACGACGCUGGAAAUAUUUCACUGUAAACUCACCGUUCCUCUUUUAAAUAAUUUCUGUUCAAAUGAUAGAAGCUUGAGGAAAGCAUGCAAAAAACAGAAUUUGUCAAACCUGUUUUCUUUCUUGCUAAAGGAUGUGAAUAAAUGUAGUUUUUGCUG